AUGGUCGAAACAAGAGGGAAUCGACCAUCUUUUGAUGGUUCCGUAGAACUUCCGUCCUUUGACCCUGAUGAUGGAGACAUUGACAGGAAGUUAUCGCAUCCGUUGGAGGACGACGAUGAGCAUGGAUCGCCACCGGAAGCAAAGCGGCGUCGAACCGGCUCAGGCGAUAUCUCCAUACAACACACGUUUUCCGAGGAACAGCACGGGCCAGGUCAUGAAAUAGAGGAGGAAUUGGCAACGGCGUUGGGGGGGAGCAUUGUAGAUACCCUGGAGCCGACCGAUCACACUCACUUGGGUCAGACUCAACCAAACCCCACUCAGGAUGAUACCAAUGUCAACCCCGAUGUUGCCACUAUCAUCUCAGAAAUCAUGGACCACGCUGAGCGUCAAGACCAAACAGUCUCUAUGGGUCCCCAAGAAGUCCCUCAAUCCAAUGAGUUCCCUGGCGUCAAAGGCUUCGCGUUUUUGAAGGCCAACUCUCACUUGAAAAUCCAAAGCUUGCCCAUUUUGGAUAACUUGUCAACGCAAAUUCUUUCCUUUUUGUCGAAGAACAGCUACCAGGAUUUGACAGCUAUGGUGUCAGAACCCGAUUCAGAGAAUGGACAGGCCUACGCGACCAUGCGCUCACUUUUUGACCACACCAAACGCGUCUACACCGUCAAGCACUCGUUUCUUCAGUCCUCCGAUCUUGAAAUUACCGAUUCUUCACAAGUCGAGAUCAUCCGCAAAGCCAACGUCGCCUCCUUCGUGUCGAGCAUUUUUGGCUCGCAGGAAAUUGGAUUUUCAGAACUAAACGAGCAUUUCCUGGACGUCUUUGUACCUGAAGGGGGUCGUCUCUUGAAGGUACAGGCUGCUUUGUAUUUGGAGCUUAAGACUCAAGCUUUCAUUGCUGCCAUGAACAACAAGUCUCACACCCGAACGCAUUUGCUUUACCAGCUGUUCCCUGACGACAUGGAGCAACAACUACUAUCCAGACGCCCCGGUACGCGUCAAUUGGCUCCGAGUGAAUCUGACUUCGUCAGCCGACUCGCGUCUCGCCGUGACCACCUUCUGAACGAUAUCAACAACGAGGAGGCAAUGAGAGGUUUACCAGACAAGUACCAAUGGGAGGAUUUUCUACGCGAUCUCAGUUCAUACAUUUCUAAGAACUUCGAUACUAUCAACAACCAGCCGGGCAAAAAGCCGGUCAAGGGACGCCGACCAUCGAGCUCGAAUGGUGAUGCGCAGGAAACACCAACAACAACUCAUCAAAGCCAAUUUUCCGUGAAUCAGCAGGUGGAAGUUCCGGUCGAUCGCAAUAUGCACGGUGAUCUUGUCGCCCGUGCUGCUCGUGCCGCACAGAUUGCUCUACAGGGUCAUGGCCUCCGCCGCUCACAGCAGCAGUCCCAGCAGCAACACCAGCAGCCACAAUCCCAGGCCAGUCCAUCACCAUCUCAUCAGCCGCAGCAACCUCAGCAACCUCAGCAGCAGCAGCCGCAGCAGCCUCAACAACAACAACCUCAGCAGCAACCCCAGCAACAGCAGCAUGUUCCUCAGUCCGAUAAUCAGUAUCUCCAUGGAUACACGGCUGCUCAACAACCCGCACAGCAUACCCAGCAGCAGUAUCAUAGCCCAACACCUCCCGGUGGGUAUCAACAGCAGCAUAAUAGCUUGACAUUCCAACAAAGCCCUUUGCAGGCAAACUUCCAGCAGUACAACCCAAAUGUCGCCCAGACCAUGCAGGCACGAGCCAACGGCAUGACUGGAAAUCAUGGCUACAUGCCCGGGAUUCCUCACUAUUCCCAAUCCCAGCCGACGCAAGUGCUUUACGAACGCGCCCGGAUGGCAGCAUCUGCCAAGUCUUCACCGACUAGCCGCAAGACCGGACUUCCUAGCCAACGUCGACCCUGGACCACUGAAGAAGAAAAUGCUCUCAUGGCUGGCCUUGAUAGGGUCAAGGGCCCGCACUGGAGCCAGAUCCUCGCCAUGUUUGGUCCUGGUGGAACAAUCAGCGAAGCCUUGAAAGAUCGCAACCAGGUACAAUUGAAAGACAAGGCUCGCAAUCUGAAAUUGUUUUUCCUCAAAAGUGGAAUAGAGGUCCCGUACUAUCUGAAGUUUGUCACCGGCGAGCUGAAGACCCGAGCCCCUGCUCAAGCUGCCAAGCGAGAAGCUCGCGAAAGGCAAAAGAAACAGGGCGAGGAAGACAAGGCACAUGUCGAGGGCAUCAAGGGUAUGAUGGCAUUAGCUGGAGCCCAUUCUUCGCCUGUCGGUGGCCACGAGAUGUCUGCAUCACCAAGUCUACCACCAGACCACAACAGCCAGGCGUUCAUUGAUCAGACCGCUGAGCAGAACCUGAUGCAGACUCUUAGCCAAGAGGUACACGGCAGCCAGUACCCUCAACAGCACCAAACAACCCAAGAUCACCUCGAUCCUCAUAUGCAGCUUGGCCAGUAG